CGGCGGAUAUUUGGCGUUGAAACGCUGGGAGGAGAGGCUCCCUGACUGGGUCCGGGUGCUCGGCGGCGGCGGCUUCUUCCCCGCUCGUCCUCCCCGGGCCCAGAGACGCCCCUGCCCCAGUCAUGCUGAGCAGAGUAUGGAAGCAGCUGACUACGAGGUGUUAUCCGUGCGAGAGCAGCUCUUCCACGAGCGGGUCCGCGAGUGCAUCAUCUCAACACUUCUGUUUGCGACACUCUACAUCCUCUGCCACAUCGCCCUGACACGCUUCAAGAAGCCUGCUGAGUUCACCACAGUGGAUGAUGAAGAUGCCACGGUCAACAAGAUCGCGCUGGAGCUGUGCACCUUCACCCUGGCUGUCGCCCUGGGCGCCGUCCUGCUCCUGCCCUUCUCCAUCAUCAGCAAUGAGGUGCUGCUCUCACUGCCCAACAGCUACUACAUCCAGUGGCUCAACGGCUCCCUCAUCCAUGGCCUCUGGAACCUCGUUUUUCUCUUCUCCAACCUCUCCCUCAUCUUCCUCAUGCCAUUUGCAUACUUCUUCACUGAGUCCGAGGGUUUUGCAGGCUCGAGAAAGGGUGUUCUGGGCCGAGUCUACGAGACGGUGGUGAUGCUGGUCCUCCUAACCCUGCUCGUACUGGGCAUGGUGUGGGUGGCUUCAGCGAUCGUGGACAACAAGGCUAGCCGGGAAUCCCUCUACGACUUCUGGGAGUACUACUUGCCCUACCUCUACUCCUGUAUCUCCUUCCUCGGGGUCUUGCUGCUCCUGGUGUGCACUCCACUAGGCCUCGCCCGCAUGUUCUCCGUCACUGGGAAGCUGCUGGUGAAACCCCGGGUGCUAGAAGAUCUGGAGGAGCAGCUGUAUUGCUCAGCUUUUGAAGAGGCAGCUUUGACCCGCAGGAUUUGCAAUCCCACCUCCUGCUGGCUGCAUUUGGACAUGGAGCUGCUGCACAGACAGGUCCUGGCUCUGCAGACACAGAGGGUCCUGUUGGAGAAACGAAGGAAAGCGUCAGCCUGGCAGCGGAACCUGGGCUACCCCCUGGCCAUGCUGUGCUUGCUGGUGCUGACGGUGCGUGCUCCAGGCCUGUCUGUGCUCAUCGUGGCCAUUCACAUCCUGGAGCUUCUCAUCGAUGAGGCUGCCAUGCCCCGGGGCAUGCAGGACCCCUCCCUGGGCCAGGCCUCCUUCUCCAAGCUGGGCUCCUUUGGUGCCGUCAUUCAGGUCAUACUCAUCUUCUACCUGAUGGUAUCUUCAGUCGUGGGGUUCUACAGUUCACCACUCUUCAGAGGCCUGCGGCCCAGAUGGCAGGACACAGCCAUGACACAGAUAAUCGGGAACUGUGUCUGUCUCUUGGUCCUAAGCUCUGCACUUCCAGUCUUCUCUAGAACCCUAGGACUUACACGUUUUGAUCUGCUGGGUGACUUUGGACGCUUCAACUGGCUGGGCAACUUCUACAUUGUAUUCCUCUACAAUGCAGCCUUCGCAAGCCUCACCACUCUCUGUCUGGUGAAGACCUUCACCGCAGCCGUGCGGGCAGAGCUGAUCCGGGCCUUUGGACUGGACAGAUUGCCACUGCCUGUUUCCGGUUUCCCCCGGGCAUCUAGGAAGUCCCAGCACCAGUGAUCUCCAGCUGGGGGGUGGGAGGGAGCAAACUGGACACUGCCAUCUGCUGCGCGGCCCUGGAUGGGGCGCCCGAGGGUGGGCAGCCCUCAGGACCUGGAAUAUGAGUGAGUAGGUGGCAGAGGGAAACUGAGCCGUCUGCACUGUUGCAUAAUCUGAGCCAGAGUUUGGGACCAGGCCCCCCUGCUUUUCCAGACUGAACUGUGGGCCUUAGCAUGGGGUGGGGCUGGGGCUGCCUCCUGGUCCCAAAUCCUUUUACACAUCAAUCUGCCUCACUGCUAUUCAGGGCCAUGCCCUAAGCCAUGUUUACAUGAUUUGAUGUGCAAUAGGGUGGGGUGGGGGCAGGGGAGGGUCUGAGCCUGGGGCUGACUUGGGAGGCAGAUUGUCUCCUGGCCUCUGGCCCAGCGGAGCCUAAGCACUGUGUUAUCCUGGAGGGUUUCGGACCACGGGAGCGACGAGGGCAUGGGGAGAAGGAGACCACAACCAUCAGCAAUAAACUUGAUCCCAGGGUUUGCACUGUG